AUUAAUUUGAUAUCUUCGGGAUUUUGCUGCCCCCAAGUUGUUAACCACCACCGUUUGAAAGGUUUAAACCACACCAAUGAAACCGGGUCGAGUCUGUGUGUCCAACCGAAGUCCCGGCGGAGAGCUGGAGUGCUGAAGAUGACGCUGUCGCUCCUGAAAUUACCGGCUAGCUAAGCUAACUGCUAGCAUGUCCGCCUCGGUUGUAGUCUGUCACUAGCUGACAUUUAGCUAGGUGCAGUUAUUCUGUUUGGCACUCGCACUGCAGAGGACGGUCGUACAAGGCAGCUGGUGUAAAGUCCCAUGCGGAAGGUGAGGAGGUGGGAAUGCAAGACAGUUGUUAGCAGACUCACCAUGGGUCGGGGUCGAGGCAGAGGGAGAGGAAGGGGCAGGGGAUCAUCUGGCCAGCUGAGGCCCCCCUCGCCUUACCGACUGCAGCUUUCUCCAUCCAGGGAGACUUUGACAUACGCUCAGGCCCAGAAAAUAGUGGAAGUGGACCUCGAUGGAAGGCUCCAUCGGAUUAACAUCACAGAUCCUCUGCCAGUUAUUACAGAGGACGAGAUGAUGGCCCAGGACAUUGCCGAGUGCAACAGCAACAAAGAGAACAGCGAGCAAACGCAGAGUAAAACCAGAUCGUGGAGGAAGCCGUCGAGCAGUAAAAGCAAGAAGAGCGGUAAAAACACAUCUCACCAGAACCAGCGGUCUGGCUCCCAGCAGCACACAGGAUCUACUUAUUCCUUCCAGCACCCGUCCCACCAAAGCCCCCUGCCUGAGCCCACCUUCCGUGUGCUGAGUUCAGUCUCGCCUUCAGAGGCGCCUCCUCUCCCAGCAGCCUACUACCGUUACAUAGAAAAAUCUGGGGAGGAACAGGAUAGCGUGGCUGAGUACGACAUGGACGAGGAGGACUUGGCCUGGCUGGAGAUGGUGAACCAAAAGCGGGUGUCAGAUGGUCACGCCUCUGUUCCUCCGGACGCUUUUGAGCUGCUGAUAGACCGCCUGGAGAGGGAGUCCAUCCUGGAGUCCCGCAGCCAGGCUCUCUCCCAGAGUGCUGUGGACGAGGAUGCCUUCUGCUGCGUCUGCCUGGAUGACGAAUGUCUGAACAGUAACGUCAUCCUGUUCUGUGACAUCUGCAACCUGGCCGUCCACCAGGAGUGUUACGGUGUGCCGUACGUACCUGAGGGCCAGUGGCUGUGCCGCUGCUGCCUGCAGUCCCCCUCCCGCCCUGUAGACUGUGUGCUCUGCCCCAACCGAGGAGGUGCCUUCAAACAGACAAGUGAUGGACGCUGGGCCCAUGUUGUCUGUGCCAUAUGGAUCCCAGAGGUGUGCUUUGCCAACACUGUGUUCUUGGAGCCCGUUGAGGGCGUCAAGAACAUCCCUACUGCUCGCUGGAAACUCACCUGCUACCUGUGUAAGCAGAAAGGCAGGGGAGCAUCCAUUCAGUGCCACAAAGCCAACUGUUACAGAGCUUUUCACGUCACCUGCGCCCAGAAGGCCGGUUUGUUUAUGAAGAUAGACCCGGUCCGGGAGACGGGUGUUAAUGGUACCACCUUCUCUGUGAAGAAGACUGCUUUCUGCGAGCAUCACUCUCCUGUUGGGUCUCGGCGGGAUGGGUCUGGAGAUGAGUCGGUGGAAGGGAGGCUGGUGGGUGGCAGGGGGAAUCGGGGUCAGAGAUCAUAUUCUCAAAGCCCACCCUCACCACAGAACAAGAAGGGUACCAAAGGCCAGAAAAAGAAGAAUACAAAGGGGUCUGGUGGGUCGACACGGCGCUCAACUGUUCCUGUGCUGCUCGUGCCUCAGAUCCCCUCUCACAGGCUGAACAAGAUCUGCACAGGAGUUGAUGUCCAGAGGAAGAAUCAGUUCAUGCAGAGGCUUCAUAACUACUGGUUACUGAAACGACAGUCUCGAAAUGGGAUGCCUUUAAUACGGCGACUUCAUUCCCAUCUACAGGCCCACAAGACCGCAGAGCAGAGGGAGCCGGAUGAGAAGCUGAGCGCUGCGAGAGAGGAACUCCGAUACUGGCAGAAGUUGAGGCAAGACCUGGAGAGAGCAAGGCUUCUGGUGGAACUCAUCCGCAAGAGAGAGAGGCUAAAGAGAGAGCAGAUGAAAAUUCAGCAGGCUGCUCUGGAGCUGAAGUUGACCCCCGCUUUAGUGCUUCUGCGAUCCACCUUGGACCAACUGCAAGAGAAAGACACCGCCAAAAUCUUCUCUCAGCCUGUAAAUCUAUCAGAGGUCCCAGACUACCUGGAGUUUAUUUCCCGACCCAUGGACUUCUCCACCAUGCGUAGCAAACUGGACGGACAUGCCUAUUGCUCCAUCGCUGACCUCGAGAAGGACUUUGAGCUCAUGAUUUCCAACUGCCUCAAGUACAACUCAAAGGACACCAUGUUCCACAGGACAGCCUUACAGCUACGGGAGGUGGGUGGAGCUAUUCUCCGUCACGCCCACAGGCAGUCUCAGAGCAUUGGCCUGGACCCCAGCACUGGCAUGCACCUGACUGAGGCUCCGAAUAAACACGGCUUCUACAGCUGUACAUGGGAUGAUGUCGACUCUCUGCUGGACCCAGAGAACAGACUGCAUUUAACCACAGAUGAGCAGCUGAAGGCUUUACUGGAUAAACUGGACAUGGUCACGUCCAUGCGUACCAGCGGCGGCCGGACCAAACGCAUCAGGCUGCUGCGGCGAGAGAUCAACAAUCUGAAACAGAAGGUGAACCAGCAGCAGCAAAACGCUCAGUCCAUGAAUGGAAAUGACAAGGAGGGUGAAGGAAAGGAAGAAGAAGAAGAAGAGGAAGAUGAGGAGGAGGACAAAGAAAAGAAAAAGGAGAAGACUAGUGUGGAUAAUGGACCUUUAACAACAGUGUCCACAGAUGACUCUCCACCUGUGCUAGAGCUCACCUGCCCUGUAUCAUCGCCACUGCCAGGAGAUGCUCCUCUGGAGCCCCCAGUCCUGGGUAUUGUAACUGGAGGCCGAAGGUCCCCUGGACGGUCUUACAAGCGCCAGAGAUCUUCCCGCAGUGGAAGCAAAAGCCAAGGUGAAGAUGAGGCUGAAGUCGGAGAAACGCCAUCUUUACAGCCGGAGGCAGUUCACGAGGUCACUCCGCUGGGCACACCCCCAACUUUGCCUUUGGUUGGAGUUGGUCGUCGCACGUCUGUUUUGUUUAAGAAAGCUAAAAAUGGGGCACGGAUGACAAAAAACAAGUCCUCCCCACAGCAAAAUGGGAAAACUCCUGAGGGUAAAUCCAAUGGGGUGGACAGCGCCCCCGCCAGCCCAAAAUCACCGAGUGCGAACAACAUCACCACCCUACCUCCAACUCCAAACGCCUCUCCUGCGCCUCCUUCUCCUUCUUCACACCACCUGAGGUCCAGAGGCCAGAGCUCAGAGGGGGAAGCAGACAAACUUCCUCCACCAUCCAGCGAGGAAGGCCUGACGAAUGGAAAGCACACCUCUACAGACCACGAUGAUGAUAACCCAAACCUAAGUGUCUCCCCUCCCAAACGGAGUCGGGGUAAACCUGCUUUGGCUAAAGUUCCUAGCAGUGAGAAUGGAGACAUCUCUGGGUCCGGAAAGUCUACACUUCUGUCUUUAGAUAGUGAGACCGAGCUUUCACCACUGGAUCUAGUUUGGGCCAAAUGCAGAGGAUAUCCAUCAUACCCAGCAAUGAUUGUUGACCCAGACAUGCCCCAGGAAGGGCUUCUCCACAAUGGCAUCCCCAUUCCUGUGCCUCCUGUGGAGGUGCUCAAACUAGGCGAAUGGAGACGACUGGAGGAAGGCGAAAAGCUUUUCUUGGUUCUCUUCUUUGAUGCCAAAAGAACUUGGCAAUGGCUCCCUCGCAACAAACUACUGCCGAUGGGAAUGGAUGACACUGUAGACAAACUGCGCUUGAUGGAAGGAAAGAAACCCAGCGUUCGCAAGUCUGUACACACUGCUUAUGACCGGGCUAUGGUACAUUUAAACCACGUGAGAGGAAACGUUAACUUCACUCCCUCCACUUUUAUAUAAAUUUUAUUCAAAGAUUUUAUCAUCUUAAACAAGCUGCUUGAUUAUGUGUGUAGAAGCUUCUUCAAUGCUCUUUAAAAAGACAGUGGGACAGUAAAACAAAGGAGAUUUCCAACUGUAAAUGGUUUUUGAAAGGUUCUUGCGUAAAACCUGUUGCUCUGAUUUUUAAAAUUGUGGGGGAAAAAAAGUGUUGGAAGGCUUUUUCGUAGAUUACUUUGUUCUUUUAUCCGUGUCAUUUUUUUAAAAAAAGGUUUUACACAACCACUGUUGCUGUGUUCUUAUAAAGUUUUUAUUUUAGGCCAAAGUGAAUCAAGACUCUAGUGAGAAAGUGUAAUUAUUUAAUCGUCAAAGGGAUUGUCUCGAUUCAAAACAUAUUUAGAUUGUAUUUACCAUUGAUAUGUCAAUGUGUAUAAUGAAGAAUGAAAGUCUCACUUAAUAUUCACGUCAUAUCUGGACUCUGAAAGUGAGGUGUGGUUUUUGUCACAUAAUGUCCUUAUAAUACUAACAAUACUACUCUCUCUAGCUCUGCAAGUAGUAAAUAAACUGUAAUUUUUUAUUUUUUUUAACAAAUUAAUGCACUAAACCUUUCUUUCAUAUCUUCCAUUUAUUUAGCUGUUAUAAAAAUUUCUUCAAUUGACAUCAAAUUUAAAACUCAACACUUCAAUGUGAUGAAAACUGCUUCUGUGUUUGACUCCAAGAGUAUAUUUUGGGUGUGUUAUUUAUUUAGCACAUUUAUUCUAUCUACUGAGCAACUGAUUUGCUCCGCACACGCAAGAUAAGUGUGAAAGAACAAUUUGCAAUGGUAAAUUGUGUUCAAACAGCUGCUGGUGCAGACAUUCUUGAACUUUCCAGUCCCGCUAUGACGUGUUGUUGGUGAGACUUUAGAGGUGUUUACUUAUUUUUCCAUAUUGUGAAACUGUAUUAUGAAUGUUGGAGUACCCGGUGCAGCUACCAGGUCAGUAGGAUGUGAAGCCACUAUGGAGGUGAUUCUCAUGGAAAAAGUCUACUGCGAUCACUCACUGAAGAACUUGCAUUUGUUUUCAAAUCUGGCUGAGAAGACUUGAAAAGCACAAACGGUCUGUUGAAAAAAGAAAAAAGAAACACAAAGUUGUAGGACUGGUGACUUCUGGAGCCAUAUGUGUGGCAAAAACCCUUGUGUGUGCGUGUGUGUGUGUGUGUGUGUGUGUACAGCUUAUACAUACAUGUAUACAACCUCAGUGUAGUAAAAGUGCAUGUGUAUAGUUUUGUAAAUAUGUAAAUGUAUGUUUAUAUCGGCUUACAUGAAGUAAUUUAAGGAAUGCAAAAAUCAAGUUUAGAAUUUAAUUUAUAAUUUGUGGCAGUCGAGAGUGUUAUUUAAAAAGUAAAAUAUUGAAAAGAUUUAUGUAUGAUGCUAAGUAGCUCUUUGUAAUAGUGAUGGUAUUCACCAACAUGUCGGAACAUGCUCUCUAGAAGUGAGGCGGCACAAGAACCUUAACUCUGUAGGCAGCAGUGGCCUACAAGGUUUUUUUUUGUUGUUGUUUUUUCUUGGUGGCACAGGAGAUUUUUGAUCUUGCCAUUUAAAUUGUACUGCAAGAUCUACAAUCUGCCUGAGACAAUAUUUUCUCACACAGGAAUAAAUGCUGUUUGAAACAA